AACACUUCACACACAUUCAGAACUGAUAUUACGCAUUCAGAGACAAUACGCUGUCAGAUCGUCAGUGCCACACACGGGCGAUGGAAAGGGACGCGUCUCCUCUCUUUCACCACCUCCACCAGCAUGCGAGACACGGACCGACAUGACAGCGAACAGCCGCGGGACCAAAGCCGCUACUCCUGCGCUGCAGCGGCGGCUGUCUGGAGCGGGAAUCCGGUCGCUCCAGUACGCCGUGCUAGUGGUGGUGUGCGCGCUCUGCUACAAUAACUCUCUCUGGGGGGAGUUUGUGCAUGAUGACAUAUGGGCCAUCACCAACAAUCCAGAUGUCAGACCCGGGUCCAGCCUCCGGAGCAUCUUCACCAAUGACUUUUGGGGCAAAAGGAUGGCUGAUAACACCAGCCACAAAUCCUACCGGCCGCUCUGCAUCCUCACUUUCAAGUUAAAUAUUUUGCUGGGUGGCAUGACUCCGUUUUACUUCCAUCUGGUGAACGUGUGUCUGCACUGCAUGGUGACGACACUGCUCAUGCACACCUGCGAACAGUGUGUAUUUGAGGACAGCAACCUCUCCUUCCUCACCGCCCUCCUCUUCUCAGUGCAUCCCAUUCACACUGAAGCAGUGUCUGGGAUUGUUGGCAGAGCAGAUGUGUUAGCCAGCAUGCUGUUCCUCUUGGCUUUUCUCUCCUAUAUUAGGAGUGUGUCAGUGAGCAGAAUGGCUGAUGUUUUCCCCUCCACAGUGUCUGUCUCUUCACUGGCUCUCAGUCUGUUUUUGGGCACCUGUGCCAUGCUGGUGAAAGAGACUGGCAUUACAGUUUUUGGAGUCUGCAUCCUCUAUGAUUUCCUGGUGAUCUGCCGUAAGCCACUCAUCUCGCACUUGUCACGCUCCAGGUUGAAGGAGCUCAUCAGAAUAUCUUUCCCAUUCAUCAAACGUGCUUGUGUCAUCUCCUUACAUGUCACAGUCAUCAUGACUUUUCGCUUAUGGUUGAUGGGUGGAUCCAUGCCGCUGUUUUCAGAACAAGACAAUCCUGCUUCCUUUUCUCUGUGUCUGUUCACCAGGUUUCUCACCUACUGCUAUCUGCUCGCCUCCAAUGCCUGGCUGCUACUGGCUCCCAUAGUGCUAUGCUACGACUGGCAGGUGGGAAGCAUUCCGUUAGUGGAAUCUCUAUGGGACGAACGGAAUAUUGCUUCUCUGAUGUUGGCUCUGGUCAUACUGGUGCUGAGCCUGCAGUGCAUUACACGACUACAGAAGAUGGAGGGGAAGGAGGUGUUGGUGGGCGUGCUGUUUCUGGUUUUUCCCUUCAUCCCAGCCAGUAAUCUGUUCUUCCGCGUGGGAUUUGUGGUGGCAGAAAGAGUUCUCUACAUGCCCAGUAUGGGCUACUGUGUCCUGGUGGUGCAUGGGCUGAACAGACUGUAUUCAGUGGUCAAUCGAUGGGGAGCGGCCGCACUCACUGUGUCCAUGCUGGUUGUCCUCCUCCUCUUCUCCUGGAAGACUGUCCAACAGAACGAGGUCUGGCUUUCCAGAGAAGCCCUUUUCAGGUCUGGCAUUCAGACGUUACCUCACAAUGCAAAAGUUCAUUACAACUAUGCCAACUUUCUAAAGGACAGAGGGCGAAACCAAGAAGCCGUUUAUCACUAUAAAACUGCCCUCAGACUAUACCCUCGACAUGCCAGUGCACUGAAUAAUCUGGGCACCCUGACUCACCGUGCUGAAGGGGCUGAAAUCUAUUACAGGAAAGCGCUGGGCAUUAACCCUCAACACAACAGAGCUCUCUUCAACCUGGGCAACCUUCUCAAGUCUCAGGGGAAGGAAGAAGAGGCAGAGAGGAUGCUGAAGGAAUCGAUUCGGUUCGGUCCACAUUUUGCUGAUGCCUACUCCAGUCUCGCUUCUCUAUAUGCUGACCAGGGACGUUCAAAAGAAGCAAAUGAAAUUUAUACAAAAGGGAUUGAGAACUGCCCUGACAGUUCGGACCUCCAUAAUAACUACGCCGUAUUCCUUGUGGACACAGGUCAUGGAGACCGUGCGGCCUUUCAUUACCAGGAAGCUGUUCGUCUCAAGCCAGCUCACUAUGUUGCCAUGGUGAACCUGGGCCGCCUUCUUCGGUCGUCCAAUUACAAUACAGAGGCGGAGUUAUGGUACAAAAGGGCCCUGCAGGUGGUUCGUAAGGUGGACAUCCUGACCCCUCUGGGGGCUUUGUACUAUAACACAGGCAGAUAUGAAGAGGCACUGGAUGUUUACAGAGAGGCAGCCACACUUCAGCCAGACAGCACUGAUAUCUGGCUCGCACUGGCGCAGGUUUUAACCAUGGCAGGUCGCUCUACAGAGGCAGAGAAAAUGACCCUGGGCCUCAUUACAAAGACCAACAACUGCAUUGAAUGUUACCGCUUGUUGUCCGCCAUCUAUAGCAACCAAGGAAAUCACACUGAGGCGUUGGAUGCAUUAAAAACAGCACUGCAGCAGGAACUAUCAGAUCCUGCAGUGAGAGCAGAGCUGCACUUCUCCAUGGGCAACCAGCUCAGAGAGAUGAAUCAACUUGACCGAGCCUUCCAGAGUUACAAGCUCGCUGUUGAGCUCAAACCUGACCAAUCACAAGCUUGGAUGAACAUGGGCGGCAUCCAGCAUAUCAAGGGAGACUAUGCAGCAGCGAGAAUGUACUACCAAAGAGCUCUUUUACUCUCACCCGGUUCCAAACUGCUGAAAGAAAAUCUGGCCAAGCUGGACAGACUAGAGAAAAAACUACAAGGGGCCUAGAAGAGCAGCUUGACUUGAACUGUUGGGCAAAUCACAAAGGACAUGCAACCAAGAGAGAGAAGGGCAGGCAGAGAGCAAACUUAGUCAUGCAAACUACAGUUUGGACUCAGGAGAUGAUAAAUGACUGCUUCCAAUUUAUAAGAGGGAGUCUAAGACUUGAAAGCCUGGCAUUUAUAACUUCUACAUCCAGGACUGGACCAUGCAGAUACUAUUGACCUCAGUGCAUCAGUGCAGUAUCUUACAGCACCAUAUUUCAGGAUGUCCAUGUGUGUCGUCCCAAAGCCACUUUACUCUUUACCGCCCAUUAAAGGGAUAGUUCACCCAAAAAUGAAAAUUCUCUAAUCAUAUAUUCACCCUCAUGCCAUCUCAGAUGUGUAUAACUUUAUGUCUUCUGCAGAACAAAGAUUUUUAGAAGAAUAUUUCAGCUCUGUUGGCCCUCACAAUGCAAGUGAAUGGUGACCAGAACUCCAAACAGCACAUAAAAGCAACAUAAAAGUAAUCCAUAAGAUUCCAGUGGUUAAAUUCAUGUCUUCUGAAUAUGUGUGGGUGAGAAACAGAUCAAUAUUUAAUAUUUUAAUGUAAAUCUACACAUUCACUUCCACAUUCAGCCACCUACUGGUUGUCAAAGGUGGAGAUUUAUAGUAAAAAAAGGACUUAAAUAUUUAUCUUUUUCUCAUACACACCUAUCAUAUUACUUUUGAAGACAUGGAUUUAACCACUGGAGUUUUAUGGAUUACUAUUAUGCUGCCUUUAUGUUCUUUUUGGACAUUCUUCUGAGUUCUGUCACCAUUUACUAGCAUUGUGAGGACCAACAAAGCUAAGAUAUUCUUUUAAAAAUCUUAAUUUUUGUUCUGCAGAAGAAUGUCAUACACAUCUGGGUGGCAUGAGGGGGUGAGUAAAUGUUGAGAGAAUUUUCAUUUUGGGUGAACUGUCCCUUCAAGGCUACGUUCACACAGCAGCAGAAUACAACCAAAUUCUGUAACCAGAGUGAUACACUCAAUGCCACAAGGCAUUAUUCAGGCUGUUGCAAGAAUAGAAAAGAGGCUUGACUUUGGUUAUUUGUUCAUACAGACAAUAUUUAAUUCGCUUCUGCAAGCUGUUGAGCAGAAUAUGAGCAGAACAAUUCGGGAUUCACACCUGUUAGUAAAUACUGUUGUCGACUGUGUUAAUGUAGCCUAGUGCUCAGGCCAUCCCAACUGACAAGAACUUCCCUCUACAUUUGACUGUAGAGUUUUUGAAGGGUCCAUUUUCCGUGAUUGGUCUUUUUUUAAUCCUCACCAUCAAACGUUUAAGCAGAAACACCAUCUCUGAGAGGGAUUUUGCUCGGAUUUGCCGGCUCUCAACUGUACCAUAACUGUUACGCUCGACCUUUCCAGGUCCUCUCUGCUUCACUGAUUGAUAAGCUUUGCAGACAAAUGCUCUGAGUUAUAAGAGAUGACUGGUGCUGCGACUGUGUGUUCCAAGAACAUGGUAGAGCUUUUGAAGGUGGUCUGCUUGUAUUUUGCUUCCAUGUUUUUUUUAUUGUUGUUUUUUAAGAGAUUUAAAUGAAGGGAAAAUGACAGGGUCACUCAUUGAAUGCUUUAAUUUGAUCUUUUAUCUUUUGUAUUGUACAUACUAUCAGUAUUGUGGAAUGUAUCAUGGACUAAAGGCAUAUUGAUCUGUGCAGCGUUACAUAUCAACACAAUUGAUUUUUUUUUCGUAAUAAGCUAUAAUACUGAAGGCUCUUUACAUUCUAAUAAUAAAUAUCAUACGUAUAUUCUUGAACUAGGUCACCAUGACAUUAAAUGGAUUUUAGUCAUAUUUUUGGUGGCCAGAAUUUGUCAUGAGGUACCCUUGAUUACACCGUAAUCUGUGCACUUACAUUUGGUUGUCAUAGAAACCAUCAUCAAGAACAUUUCUUGAAUUCAACAGCCCUGCUUAGCAUUCAUAGCAGAAACCAAUGUGAAGUAAUGUAUGAAUAUUUAAUAAAUAAAUAUUAUACAA